AUGGCGACUGUGGGGUUGGAUGAUUUGAAGUUUGAAGGCUAUUUAUAUACAUGGACUAGUAAACGUGUAUCUGAUCCUACUCUCAAGAAACUAGAUUGUGUAUUGGUGAAUUCGAUGUGGGAAGACAAAUUUCAUGGAUCGGUAGCUAAAUUUCUUACUGCUGGAGUGUCGGAUCAUUCUCCUAUGGUUGUUAAACUUGCAGAAUUACCGCGUAGAAAGAUUCCAUUCCGUUUCUUUGAUUUUUGGAUGGGUCAUCCGGAUAUCAUUCCUUUGGUGGCUCAGGUAUGGGGUGAAGCAGUCGUGGGAACCCCUAUGUUUUGUUUGUGUUCGAAGUUGAAAAAACUGAAGCUCGCCUUGAAACAUUUUAAUAAGGAGCAUUUUUCAAAACUUCCUACGAGAGUUACUCAAGCUCGGACUGACAUAGAACAUGUUCAGUGUUUGAUUCAACAUUCGCCUUUGGAUUCAUCGUUACAUAGGGAAGAGGCUCGGUUACAAAAGGAAUUUUGUGAGUUGAGUAGGGCUGAAGAAGGCUUUUUGAGACAAAAAUCUCGUGUUAAAUGGCUGAAUUUAGGUGACCAGAAUACUGCUUUCUUCUUCAAGGUUUUGAAAAGUCACUAUGGCAAAAGUAAGAUGGUUUCUAUUUGUAAAGAUGAUGGUACUAGAGUGGAGGAGCCACAUGAGAUCAGUGAAGUCAUUGUUGCGUUCUAUCAAAAUCUCCUUGGUCAACAGUCUAGUGGUGAGAGUCUAGAUAUGGACUUGCUUCGAAAAGCUCUUCCUAAGAACAACAAGGCUCCAGGGCCAUAUGGUUUUAAUGCAGUUUUCAUCAGGAGGACUUGGAGUAUUGUGGGAAAUGAUGUCUUAUGUGCAAUCAAACAUUGUGGGCCCCAACAAACUGCAUUUGUUAAAGGACGGCAUAUUAGUGAUAAUAUCCUUCUUUCCCAAGAAUUGUUGAGGAAUGAUCACCGCAUGGGAGGAUUACCUAGGUGUGCUCUUAAAAUUGAUCUCAUGAAAGCAUAUGAUUCUAUUCAUUGGGAUUUCCUCUUUGCGGUUUUUAGGGUGAUUGGUUUUCCCGAGAGAGUUGUUAGGUGGAUUAUUGAGUGUGUCACUACCACUCGUUCUUCGAUUUCCAUUAAUGGGGAGCUGCAUGGUUUCUUUGCGGGCGGGGCUGAGGUUGGUUCAGUUUCUCUCAUUGGAAAAUGCAUUAAUCGAUUCAAAGCUCUUUUUGGACUUAUUCCUAAUUUAGAUAAGAGUAAUCUAUUUGCCAGUGGUGUUUCUUCAUAUCUUAAGGAUCAGUUGCUUGAUGUCUUGGGGUAUAAGGAAGGCGUGUUACCGGUACGUUAUCUUGGUGUUUCGCUUAUCUCUACCAAAUUGAGGGCUUUGGAUUGUAAGAAACUGGUGGACCGUAUUAUAGCUAGGGCUAAGAGUUGGACUUGUCGAGCGCUCUCCUAUGCAGGCAGCAAGUGGAAAAUUCACUACGGGCCUUCUUAUGGAAGAGUAGUGACCUUGGCAUCAGUGGGGGCUAAAGUGGCUUGGGCAAAAAUCUAUAUGCCUAAGGAAGAGGGCGGUUUGGGUCUAUGGAGCUUGGAGAUUUGGAAUAAGGCUGCCAUGUUAAAGUACCUUUGGUCCCUUUGUACGGAUUCUGCCUCCUCUCUUUAG